UUCAAUUUCUCAAAUGAGGCUAAACACUACAAACCCUUCCUUGGCUAAAAGUGAUACUGAUGCUGAGAAGUCAUCUUGCUUUCCUGACAACUUUCAUGUUCUCUCUGAACAAAACUUAGAAACUGGAUUGAAGCAGCCCAAGCAACAGCGGACCAAUCUUUUUGAGGGAAAGCCAGAUAUGGCAUUUGGGGUUACUUCUGGUGAAAGCCAAAUGGCACAGCAACAUAUGAUGAAGGAACCCAGAAAAAAUGGUCUUGCAUUGUGGCCAGGCUUGUCUUCUACUUUGCCCCUUAUUGCUCAGAGCCCUGGUUCUUCACAAACAUCUGCUACUAAAAUUCCAGCUUGGUUGGAUGCCGCAAUGUGUGGCCCCAGGACAUGGUCACUAGAAAGUGGUUCUUCAACUGAAAAGGUUUCGAAAGUCAUCAGGGAUAGGAAGUCGAUGAAGAGGUGUGCCGCUCAUGUUUACAUCGGUUGUCUCAUUCGUAAUUUACAGAUGCAAGACAGCAAAGAAAGCAAUCUUCAACAGCCUCUUCAGUUGAAACCCCUUAUAGGGUUAAAGCAAACAGCUCUUUUUUAUCCUAACAAUUGCAGUAAUUUGAGAAAUGGUAUAAAUGGCACUAUACCUCGUAGCGGUUCUGGCAAUUCUGCUACUGAUAGAAAUUCUUAUGAAGCUAGAAAUGGUAUUCUACAGCAAAAAAUGCUCCAUCAGGGACAGCGACAGGUUGCUUCAGAAUCUGGGAUGCACACUUCACAGGGGCAGAGUUUUGAUUUCUUGUCUUUGUCGGCUGGAAGUGUUAGUAUGGAAGCUAAUAAUAGCUCUACUAAAAUUGGAAAUGCAAUUGAAUCAUUGCCACAACACCAAGUUCCUUACUUUCAUUCACUUCCACAACAUCAGUCACUGGGGCCAUUCUCAAUACCCCCUAAUCGUUAUACCUCCUCUGCUUAUACAGACCAGCUUUCAACAGCAACGGCUGAACAGCAGGUCCAACUGCAGCUACCUCAAUAUCUCAGUAACCCUAUCCGUGGCCCUCCUUACACAAAUAAUUCAGGUGUUGCAAAACAACAGCAGCAACAGCAACGAGUUUGGGCAGCUCACCUAGCAGCUCAGUACAGGCCCUGUGGAACUUAUCCGGUCUUGACUCAAGUCCCAAGUUGGCUAAAUGGGAAGCCUGAGUCUUCUACGUUGAUGCCCUCACCCUGUGCUCAAAUAGCCAUCCCUUCCCAUUCAACUCUUGAUGCUGUUGGGCCCAAGUAAAAUAUAGUCCCACAACAUCAGCAGCCGAAAAUUGCUGUUCCUUCAUCAUUGCCCUCUGCAAGCAGUGGUGGAUUUCGUGCCGGUGGGCCAUUGCCGGUGCAGUUACUUUGCAACAAGCGCCUCUGAAUUUGAAGUAGAAGGUUCUUUCCACUUAAUGAUGCACGGUAACAUUAUUUUAUUCUUUCAACUCCACGUGAGAUCUGGUGCUCAUCCUUGACAUGAUCAAACCGGGAGAGGUUUAUUUAAUCAACCAAGGCAUGAAAACUAACGAGAGAGCUUGCUGGUAACUCUGAGAUUCAGUCUCAUAAGAUAGCAGCAAGAAGAUUCCUGUUGAGUUCCCUCUUAAAUACGGUAUUUUGAUGCCCAUUGCUCCAUUGUCACCCGCUUUACAGUGAAAGAUACAAAAAAAGGCUAAUUGUGUAAUAUCAAAUUGGAAAACAAUUGAAGCUUC